AUGCCCUCACCUCUAACGCUUAACCUCGAAGCGAAAUGCUCUACUACAAAAGCCCGUGCCAGCACCCUCUACCUCCCACACGGUCCCGUUCAGCUCCCGAUAUUUAUGCCCGUGGCCACGCAAGCUUCGCUUAAGGGGUUGACGCCGGAGCAACUCUCCCAGACCGGAUGUAAGCUGUGUCUGAAUAAUACGUACCAUUUGGGUUUGAAACCUGGGCAGGCAGUGUUAGAUGAGGUUGGGGGAGCCCAUGCGUUCCAAGGGUGGAAUGGGAAUAUCUUAACGGAUAGUGGUGGGUUCCAGAUGGUUUCCCUCUUGAAACUUGCGCAGGUUACAGAGGAAGGGCUCGACGAUGUGAUAGCAACCACCUCCCCCGACCACGCAAGAAUAAAAGAGGCAAUGGAGCGAUCCGUGCGAUGGCUCGAUCGAUGCAUUGAUGCGCAUAAGUAUCCCGAGAGACAAAAUCUAUUCUGCAUUAUCCAGGGUGGGCUGGAUCUGGAGCUUCGGAAGGAAUGUUGCAAGCAGAUGGUUGAGAGAGAUACCCCUGGGAUUGCUAUUGGUGGACUUUCUGGUGGUGAGGCGAAGGAAGAAUUUUGCAAAGUGGUAAAUGCUUGUACUGCGCUACUCCCAGAGAAAAAGCCGCGAUAUGUGAUGGGUGUGGGAUAUCCAGAAGAUAUCGUUGUGGCUGUCGCCCUCGGAGCAGACAUGUUUGAUUGCGUGUGGCCCACAAGAACAGCUCGCUUCGGAAAUGCAAUUACUUCGUUUGGCACCUUGAACCUUCGCAAUGCGUCAUUUGCGAACGACUUUCGGCCGAUCGAAGAGGGCUGUCAAUGCAUGUGUUGCCGACCCAAAGAAAAGGGGGGUCUUGAGAUCACAAGAGCUUACAUCCACCAUCUUGCCGCCAAAGAAACGGCAGGAGCUCAUUUACUUACAAUGCACAAUGUCCACCAUAUGCUGGCAAUGAUGGGUUCCCUCAGAGCGGCGAUUCUGCAAGAUAGAUUUCCUGAUUUUCUCCGCAAAUUCUUCAAGACAAGGUACGGUGACUACACGAGUAUACCCCAAUGGGCAGUCACAGCUCUACGUGGAGUUGGAGUUGAUUUGCUAGCUGGUUGA